UUAGCUUGUCGUUGUCGUGAAGUAGCUUGUCAGGUUUUGGUCACACAGGAUUAAACAGUACAUUGUGUAAAAUAGGAAAACAUAAUACGGGAAGAUGUGCAUUCUGUGAUCAAGAAGAAACUUUAGAGCAUGUUAUGAAUGUUAUGAUUUACUGUCCAAAAUAUGAUGCUGAGAGAAGAGAACCGACACUGAACCUUAAGGAAAUAAAGAUGGGGUUUGAUUUACGUGAUCUUUUACAAAGAAGUUCUAGAAAGAAGUGUUAUCUGUUGUUUUUUUUCAUUAUCUUAGGAGAACAAAUUUGAUAAGAGAAUAUAACUAUGGUGUGUUUGUUAUUUUCUUUUAUUUAAUCAUUAGUGAAUGUAUAGUUUGUCCCGAUCCACUCUCCAUUCCAGUUGGUGGCGGUAAUGCGCCAUAACGUUGAUUGCCAACCGCCAUUAAACUUUACGAAGAAGAAGAAGAAGAAGAAGAAGAAGAAGAAGAAGAAGAAGAAGAAGAAGAAAAAAUAAUAAUAGUCAAUUUACAUGUUACUGUUAUCUGUUUCAGAUAAUCAACCGUAAUAAGUAACGUUAUGUCUUUUAAAAGGGAUGGUGAUGACAAGAGUCAGUUGAACAUCCUGAAGAAACGGCGUGUGGCAGAUCUUCUGUCUAAUUUUAUUCCAGAAGAUGAAGCAGCGCUUAUGAAAAAUGGGAGAUACACUUGCCUUGUGUGCUCCUACCGUCCUGUGUUUGAUACAGUUGAUAUGCUGACAGUCCACAGAAACGGAAAAAGGCAUCUGGAAGGAUUAAAAUCAUUCUAUGGCAAGAAAGCACAGUUGAAGAAUGAAAUAUCAAAAAGGCAACAUGAAAACUAUGUCCAGACCGAAGACAGAAGACAGGAACCCUCCUGUUCAGCCCCUUUACUGGCACAAACACGGAAGCUUACACAUCACGCUUUAUUGAUGACUGUACCAUACAACAGCUGCCAUAGAAAAACCAGUACGAAAUCUGAAAAAGGACCAUUGAGCAUCGGCUCAGAUCCCAGUGACAACUCUUCCAGCAAAACUGCAUCUGAACAAGAAAAAGCAUGUCGGAAAACUGAAGUUUCAAACAAUUUAUCACAAAGCAGUCCUAGUGGCUGCACAGCAGCUGAUGAUCCAUCAGAAGACAUAAAAGGAUCUCAGGCUGCUGUGACACAGGAGGCAGAGCCUAUAACAGCCCAGAGGAGGAGAGAGCUGGAACACUACCUCAAACUAAAAAGUGAGGGGUGGUUGCAAGACCGGAGCGGCCAGUGGGUUAAAGAUUCAAAUGUGGAGUUUGAUUCUGAUGAGGAGGAGCCUCCUUCGCUUGCCCCCCUACCUACAAGUCACUGAGAGGACUAACUUUGGGAAAACACAGAUGAACUCGUACCACAGUGGUACAUUCAGUAGCCAUGGUGCUGUUUGUAACAGCCGGAGCUCCAUGUGUAAGGACUUUCUUAAACAAAUUUGUAUCAUGCAUCAACCUUUCAUUGAAUUCCAUGUUUUUCCUGUGCUGAUUCUACAGCACCUGUGUUAUCUUGGGCGUCACUCUUUAGUUGUAAAAAUAGACUGCUAGUCACCAGUAAUCAUCAGCAGCAACAGCUGACCCACGUUAUCCUCCCCAUCAUCAGCCUUAUGUCUUGUUCAUGGACCCUUCAGCAUCAGAAGAGCAGCACUGAAAGCUGAACAAACACUUGACUUUUCAGCUGAAUGUGUCUUGUAGCCUACAGGAUGAGUGAGACUAUUUUCAUUGCCCUUUGUUAUGUAUUUUACCCCUUUCCAUUGGGUGCCAUCUCCCCUCUGGUAGGACUAAUCCUCAGUCAGCUUUACUAUAAAUCAGCAGCAGAUAGGCUGUAUUUAUUGCUAAUCUGGUUAGUGAAGCCACCGGUUAGCAUUCUUCACAGGGUGUUCGUUCAGCACAGUUGGUUUAAAUUGGAUAACACCAUCAGGGUCAGUGGGCGGGGGCAGAGGGACUUAACAUGGGUUAGUUUCUGUCGAAACUGCUAAUAUGCGUCAAAAGCACUCUCGCUUCAUUAUUUUGGAGCUCAGAGUGUCCCCACCACAUGGGGAAGCACUUAAUAUGUUGAAGAUCUUUCUUACUCAUUGUGGAUACUUGGCAGUAUGACAUGUAAACACUUGUAAUAUGCUUUGAAGACAAAUUUAUAGAUAUUUAAAUUCUGAUUACCUUUAAUAUCAUGUCUGCCAUUCCAGUGUUACAACUUACACAGUCCUCUGGUGCAAAUUUGACAAAAAAAAAUCCAACAAAUGAAACACAAUAUGGUAACAGUCUGUCACAGCAUUGAUGGCACCCAGCAUGACAAUCCAAAAAUACACCUGUGUUUUACUGUGAAACAGUGAUCAAAGGGAAGAUAAACCCUCAGAAGAGCUUGUGGCGAGGCAACGCUGACUUUAAAUCAUUUUAAUAUGCCAAAUGUCAUUGAAGUCUGCGUGACUUUAAAAAUCUGACCUUUGAGAAGUCUAAAAAUCUGGUGGUCAUGUCAAACUUGACAUUAAGUCACAGCGCUUUAAAGAAAUAAAAAUAUAGGUUAAAGAAAUGAGGGGAGGUAGUGCAGGAACCCCAGCAAUGCUGUCAAAAUCCUCAGAGGUUAGCAGCUGUUUCUGUUCAUAAAUCUCUGUGGGUGCACACGGGUGCAACCCUCUUAAAGUUGGUUCCUUAUAUUUGGAACAAGGUAACUCAAGCCCAGUGGACUAGGUUACGUUUCCCAUCAGGCUGUGUGGGGUAAAAAUAGCUCAGGUGCUUGAGGGAAGUCAGAGGAUCAGGAGCGACUUUAAGGGAUCAAAGCGCUGUGAUUCUUAACAUGAAGGGUUCGUCCCUAACGUGCUGCGGUAUAUGUCAAUCUUGGGGGGAUAUUAUCACUUAAAGUUCACCAUAGACUCUGUAGAUUAAUAAUGUUAUGAUGUUGUAAAUGAUGGACCUGUUGACAAAGUUCCACAAUUUGCUGUAGAAUUGCUGUCACAUUGUCAACAUCUCAUUUUGGGUUGAAAUCCUGUAUUUCCAGUAUCCCUGGAUCUAAUACAGAUUAAUAUGACACAAUUAAAAGUUCAUGCUUCUGCAAAACAAUGCUGUCCAGUUUCAGCUGUAGAUUCUUAAAUGCACCAAACUAUGUGCUGCUUUGGUGCAUUUAAACCAAUAUUUGUUGAAAAUACUAUUCAUAUAUCCAAUAUACUCAUGUCCAGAUAAGGUGUAGAAACAAUAAAAUUAAACUUGCCAAACAUUUACAAAAAAUACUUGAAUAUAUAUUUUUAUUUAAAGUAUUUACAGUUUGUUUUCCUCCCACAGAUAGCACCACACUGAAAAUGUUUUCAUGAAUGAAAAGAGUUAACCUUUUGUUUGGGAUGAUGUUGGCGAUGCACAAACUAAAAGCACAAAAUAAAAGACACUUCACAUUUUGCUUGUGACCUAUA